GUGCCAUGGCGUCCGGAGAGGAGGACGGAGCGCUCGAGGAAAAGGAAACGAACAACAAAAAGCGGACGAAGAGCAUUAUUGCCACAGCAUGGCUCAUGUUCUACAAUAUCGCCAUGACGGCCGGGUGGCUGGUGCUGGCUGUUGCAAUGACUCGCUACUAUUUCCAGAAAGGCACACAUAAGGGCUUGUACAGAAGUAUAGCACGGACACUUAAGUUUUUCCAGACCUUUGCUCUUCUGGAGGUUGGGCACUGUGCAAUUGGAAUUGUUCGGACAUCUGUGAUUGUGACUGGGGUCCAAGUAAGCUCUCGAAUAUUCAUGGUUUGGUUCAUCACGCAUAGUAUCAGACAGGUCCAGAAUCAAGAGAGUGUGAUCUUGUUUUUGGUGGUGUGGACAGUCACUGAGAUCACACGUUACUCCUUCUACACUUUCAGUUUGCUUAAGCAUCUGCCUUACUUCAUCAAAUGGGCCAGAUAUAAUAUGUUCAUUGUGAUGUAUCCCUUGGGCGUGAUUGGUGAACUGAUGACCAUAUAUGCUGCUCUGCCAUAUGUUCGGAAAGCGGGCAUGUACUCUUUAAGACUCCCAAACAAAUACAACGUCUCCUUCGACUAUUAUUACUUCCUCAUCAUUGUAAUGCUCUCCUACAUCCCAUUGUUUCCCCAGUUGUAUUUCCACAUGCUGCGUCAGAGGAGAAAGGUGCUUCAUGGGGAGGUUAUAGUAGAGAAGGAUGAGUAGAAAAACACCGUACCGUACCGACCACCACAGCAAUCGGUUAAUGCUCAGACCUCUAUACAGUGGAGAAGAGUAGGUAAUAUCAGACAGGAUGAUCAGCAACCCCACAUACAAAUUGCAACACAUUGGAAAUGCUCCAGUUCCCAAUCUCUAUUAUGACCACUCUUCUGUUAUUGAGAACUGGCUGCUCUUCACUUGGAUGGAAAUGCUCCCAGUAUUCCUGAACACCUCCAAAUUACGAUCAGUUAAAAGCAGUACAACUUUCGGGUGUGUUUCACGUGAUUCAUCACAAGAAGGACUGCCUCUGGAAUAAACUUCAUCUAUUUCGGAUGACAUCUUUUGUUCCCUCACAUCCUCUUCUGUAGUUUCUAGUGUUCUGCUCACCUGUAAUGGAUUGAAUCUCAUUCUGGAUUAAAUCUCUAGUUUGGAAUAAUCUCACCUUUCACUGGACUCAACCUCAUCUGUAUUUGGAAUGUAGCCAAGAGUGAAGAAAUGGCGACGAAAGGGUGAAAUGGUCAUUUGCUGAUUACUAUGAAUGCCAUUUGAAAGUUUUGAACUGGUGCGUUUACUCAAGAAACACCGGUAACAUUAGUGCGGGAAAGGUUUUUUAUUGUUUUUUUUUUUUUUUUAAAGAUUUUUAUGGGUCUCACCGUUUUAGAGAUUGAUUUUACAGCAUUUCAACUGUGAGACACAUUUGUACAUUUAGCAAACAAAAAAAACAGGGUUUGAGUCGGUUUUCUCAAACCUGGUGUGUUAUGUAAGGAAUAAAACACGAUGGAGUAUGGAUUACAGGAACAUAAUGAAUGACGAGGUUGCGUAACACCAUCACCACCACAUUUUCCAGUAAAAGCACAGCCCAGGGUGUUUUAUUUCUCUCAUACAACAGCAAUUUGUCAAUGAUUACAUUUUUGUAAGGAAUUCAAACACAUUCAGAAUAUCUUUAAAGUUAAUGUUGUAGAAAGUCCACGAAUCAAGUUUUUUUUUUUUUUUUUUCCUGUUAUCACUUGCGUUACAGCAGCCACAAACAGCCAUCCCCUCACCAGCCUUUCCAUUUUCUUAUUCUUUAAUUGAAUUACAAAACAAAAUCAGCUUGCCAUUACUGAGAACCAGAAAGUUCAAUGUUACAACGUGCUGACACUAGAGAUUACUUUCAGAAAUGUUAAAUAAACAUCUCCAUACAGAAGGUUUCACCAUAUCAAUGAUUAUGAUCAUUUUUCUUUGUUAAAUAACAUGGUGUUUUUUUUGUUUGUUUGUUUGUUUUUUAACCCUUUAUCAGUUUAUUAGUCUUAGAUUAUGUGGAGCAUCUGUCAUACAAAUCCCUGUGAAUGAGCCGUUAUUAUAAAACAUAACCAUAUUACAACGAGCGCAUUAAUAUAAUCCUGUGCUGUUAGAGAAAGUAACUACACUUUCUGACCAAUCAGAUUUGAGAAUUUCGCCAGGCUAUGGUAUAAAUUUCAAAAUAUUUUAUUAUCGGAAUCUUCUAUGUCAGCAAAAUUUUGUCCAGUUUCAGAUGCUUUUGUUUCAAAUGUAUUUACAUGAGCCUGGUGUCAGGGUAAAGGGGGAAAAUGUCGCAGAUGUUUUUUUUUUAAUACUUUGACUGCACUACGACUCUGUGUUUCUUAAAUGUUUACAUCAAUAACUGGGGUUUCAAAAUUGGUGAGAAUUGUUCAGAGAUAAACCGAAAUGGAACAGCUAACCGACAGAUCAGCAUGAUCUCACUUUUGCAAAUUUAUACACUCACAGUUUCAGACUCUUAAGGAAUUGAGGCAAUAAAUCUGUUCUGAGCCCUGAUUAGCUCUGUCAGUCUUCAUAGCAUGGUGUCAUGGUGUUGUGUUUUGGUUCAUUCCAUGUCACCUUGUGUUGACAUCCAUCACAGAUCUUGUAACCACUAAAUCAGAAGAUACACAGUGACACAUAUACACGUUUCUGUGGUUAUGUUUAUUGAAUGGAACGAAAAUUGUAAAUGUGCAACAGCCCGUGCCGGCCAUUUUGUUUUCAGAUUUUCUUGAAAUUUCAGUGUUCUAAAUGAUUCGCUUGUGUCCAAAGUUGUUUUAGUCAUGACCGACAACUCAGCAAGACAAAAUCAGAAUCUCACAACAAGCUCUGAACCGCACAGUAUCUAAAUAACAUGUAGCACGAUUACUGCCAUAAAAUCACUCAGUCAACAAACCUGAUAUUCAUAACUGUCAUUUACAUUAGGCUUAGAAGACAAAUUUGAGAUAUGCCAUUGCAUACCAGUGUUAUUUCUCCAUAUAACCUUACUCAUGCCAUAGAGUUCAUCUAAUACCCCACAACCAACAAUAACGCCAACAACCGAGUGUUAUCACAAGACCGCACCGUUGUAUGAUUUGAUAUACGAGACCACCCGGGUUCAUGGCUAACAUGGUCUUAAAUUUAUUUUAUGAAAUUACUUUGAGUGAAAUAUUAGAUUUUGGUUUUCAUCAGUGCACAACUUACUGUUCUACUGUAAUCCAGUUUCACUCUGAUUCUGACUGAAAUGGCUCCAAGAACUGUGAUGAUUAGGUCUGGAGUUGAAACCUCAUAAAAGAAAUAGCAUGAAAAAGAUGGCAUGGAAUGUUUGUUUUUUUGUUUUUUGUUUUUUUCUUUUUCAUUUUGUUUUUGUCUUCUUUCUUUUUCUUUUUUUUUUAAGAAACAACUUUGUUGAGUAGGGUCUCUCUCUAAGGUGCUACUAUUACAUUAUUUCAUUCUUCUGUGCAGCUGAGGAGAAAACGGACAGGAGUCCAAGGCAAAGAAUACGAAACAAAGUGGAAUGACGAUUGAAAAAUGUGAAUACUUAAGAAAAUGUUCAUUUAAAUAAGUGCACUACAAGUUUUUAAGUGUAUAGAAUAACCAUCAUGAUAAUCAACUGGAAUAGGUUAAUAAGGAAGAAACAAUAAAAAUGACUAUGACAAUGCA